UCACGUACAGGGGACUCUCAAUGCCCACUUGUCAAUCUACAAUAUGGUCUUACCUUCCCGUCGUGGUGGUAGCUCCGAGCUAUCCGUAGGGUGUAGGAGAUUAAUUAGAGAGCUAACACACACAUCUCUCCUUUGUUGCUUCGUCCAAGACCCCAGUUUAGCAGGCAACGACUCACCAAUACAGCGUGGUCAAGAAAACCUCCUAAUAAUAGUGAGCCUGCAUCCCUGAAACUUCGGGAAUGAUAACGCUGGCAUGGCUCGCUCGACAAGCCCGAAUCGCGGCUCAAUACACCCGCAGCGAGGGCUUUACCGUCUCUCUCCUGGCCGGAGCCCGAGUUCUCACCAUGUCAGCGUUAAUCCUCUACCUCCUCAUCGCCACCUCCGCCUGGCUCGAACCCUCCCGGCGACCGCCGAACCACCCCGUCCCGCAAUUCCCGCCAUUCCACGUGGACCCCGACUCGGGCCGCAUACGCGACGUGUACAACCGCGAGCGCGUGUUUCACGGUGUGAACGCGGUCUUCAAAGCUCCUCCAUGGCACCCUCCAGUCCUGGACUCGUUCCAUCCUGCGCUCUCCUUCUCCCCCGCCGACUUCGCAAUUCUCCAGUCCCUAGGCCUAAACGUCGUGCGCCUAGGCGUGAUGUGGCCGGGCGUGCACCCGGCGCGCGGGGAGACGAACGAGACGUAUCUCCUCGUGAUGAAGCGCAUGGUUCGGCAGAUGCGAGCGGCGGGUAUCUACACCCUGGUGGACUUCCACCAGGACGUGUUCGGGUCAAGGUUCUGCGGGGAAGGCGCGCCGUCGUGGCUGUUCGACGAGCAGGCGGCGACCGUGGCGGUGUCUGCCGCGUUUAGUGCUAGUGGGCUUGACCAACAGGAUGGCAGCAGUACACGCGGUGAUAGCGUCACAGAAGACAUCUUCCGCUCGAACGCCGGCAACAGUUUGAAAGUCAACAGCAGCAGCAGCACUCGGCAAGACUCAGACAGCACCCUGACUCAUAGUAUGACCAGCAGCGGGAGCAUCAUCGACGGCGGCGGCGGCAUCCUGCCGUGCGUGGGGUUCGCUGUGUGCAUGCGACCCAUCGAGUACGCUAAGAGCUUCCCCGAACCGCUUAGCCGCCGGUUCCAUUUGCUACCACGUAGGACGCUCGACGAGACAGCAGAGACCACAGAGACAGUAGAGACGACAGAAACAGAAGAGGCCACAGCUGGAGAGGCCACAGCUGAUGACUCCAUGGCAGGAAUAAGGCUGGUGGUAGAGGCGGAGACGGGCUUGACGAAACAGCCUGCCGCUGCUCACGCUCCCACAACCACAGCCACAGGAGCUGACUCAGGCGCAGGCGCAGGCGCAAGAGCGAGCAGCAGCAACAACCACCGGUGGAGCAAUUAUCACGCCAGCGACCCAGACCCAGAGCAGUGCAGGCGCCACUCGUGGAGCGACUACCACUUCACCUACGCCGUGGCGCGGGCCUUCCAGGACCUCUACGAGAACCGCUGGGGGUGGCGCGACCGCAUGGCGGACUACUGGGCCGAGGUGGCCCGGGCGUUUAAAGACGAGGACGGGUUGCUGGGGUACGAUCUUAUCAACGAGCCCUGGGUUGGGGACGAGUUUUCAAACCCCAUGCUGAUGGCGCCGGGCGUGGCUGAUAAGCUGAACCUAGCCCCGCUGUAUGAGCAUCUACAGUCGGCGAUUCGAGCGCAGGAUCCCAACCGUCUGAUCGCCUUUGAGACGGUGACGUUUGACGAUGCUGUGAGCGGGCUGCGGUGGGUGCCGGGCGGGCGGGCGUGGCGUAACAUGAGCGUGCUGAGUUACCACCACUACCAGCCGCCGAACAUCGGCGUGCGCGCGACCAUGAAGCAGCGCAUGGCGGAGCGGAACCGGCUGAAGUGUGGCGCCAUGCUCACUGAGUUCAGCCUCCCGAGCAUCCCUGUCGGAGUUGGGGUGGUGCGGGACCGGGAUAGACCAGCUGGGGGGACUGGUGAUUCUGGGGGAAGCGCUGGCUCUGGUGGUGGUGAGACGCCAGCCGGCGGAGAGAGGCCAGCCAACCGAGCACUGGCCCUGAGCAAUUCUACAGCUGUUCCAACCUCAGGAUGUACCGUGCACAGGAAGGAAUUACAGGGCGUGCUGCAAAAGACAUCGCUGCAGUGGGCAGAGCAGAGAGCGCAGUCAGCAGCAGGGAAAGCAGUGGUGAAGGCUCUGUUGCGCUGCGAUAAAACAGAGGCAGCAGGUGCUGUGCAGGUCCAGGCAGAGAAGCACAGGGAGAGAACUGCGAGGGAAAUCAGCAACUCAGUGCAAGAGAACAACGCUCCGGCUGAGCUGAGGGAGCAGGAGCGUGACCCUGGGCAGGGUGCAUGGAGAGAGUUUGAGGAAAUCUUGGAUGCAGCGGACGAGCAUGUGCAGUCCUGGAUGGCAUGGGAGUAUAAGCCAUUUCACCCGAUCACAGGCGCAAACCUUGGACUGUUUCAUCCCAACGGCUCACUCAAUACACACCUGGCGCUCAUCCUUGCCCGGACGUACCCACAAGCAGUAGCAGGGCGUAUCUUGGAGUUUUAUUUCAACGCAUCUGCUGCCUCGUUUCAUUUGGCGUACUCUGCCAAUCACCCUCUACCACCAGAGCGGAAAGUUGGACCCAUUUCCUGGUUGUCUUCAUCUGAAGAUGGAGAGGAGCAGGUAAAGAUGGGUCCUCCACCAGCAGCAGCUGCUAUGGAAUUUCUGACGGAGAUUUUCUGCUUCCGAUGUGGGGAGGAGGGGUGGAGCACCGGUGUGCGUGUGGUGCCUGCAACGGUGAAGUGGGAGGUGAAAGGGCGCAUGGUGGAGGUGCGGCAUGAGGUGAGGGAUGCGGGGAAGAAGGUAGAUGUAUGGAUCACGCAUGACAGAAAGGGCGGACUGUCUGAAUUACCCGGGACAGCUACCAUGUGAUUGACACUAGCCAACUAACACAACCUUUAGAUAUAGAGAAUCAUUGUGGUGAUCAUUCUGAUAUUUUGUAUGGCUGACCACGUCUUGUGCCUGUUAACAAAUAUAGAUCCCAGUGAUAACAGGUAACACACAAUGUAUAA